CCUCGGGGCCGGCGAGAUAGGCGGAGCCAAGCUGCCAGCCCUAGGCUCCCCCGCCGCCCAGUGGGCUGGGCUCCUGGGGCGGCCUCGUGAGCGCGCGGGUCCGGGACCCCAGGGAGCUGGGGAGGCGCGCGCCCGUGGGGGAGGGGCGGGGAGCAGAACGUCGGCUCCCGCCCAGCGCGUUCCAGAACCAUGAGAGCAAACAGCUCGGCCGCCUCCCGAGGUGGUGGCGGUGAGAGGGGCCGCGAGGCGGAGCGCGCGCCCGGAGCCGGGGGCACAGCUGCCCAGAUCUCCGACCCGGACUCCAACUUGGGCGCGGCCACAUCCUCCGCGUCCGGGUCCAGCAUCCGUUCUGAGUGGCGGACUUUCUCCAGUCCGUUUUCCAGCUUCCUGUCGAACGCGUCCAGAGCUGACCCCGGAUACGAGAAGAGCUCCGGCGCGCCCGCCCAACUCGGCUCCAGUCCUGGCCCGAGGACCAACACAGACUCUAGGAUUGGCCUCUGGGGCUUCGACGCCCACGGCCUGAACCACCAGAUCCCCAUGUCUGCCACCCGCCUGAGCACCGCCGCUGGGGCCGCCCCAGCCUCCAACCCGGACGCAGGCCAUCCCCGGGUACCGGUACCAGGACCUGCCCCGCCCUCAGGCCCCCCUCUAGGGUCGAUGCCUGAGUCCACCCCGCCCGCAGUGCUCGGCCAUCCCCGAGUAUCAGUACCAGGACCUCCUACAUCCACCAACUCUACCCGAGAGCCAGUGCAAGGUUCUGGCCCGCCCUUGACGCCCGGCUUCCGCAAGGUAUCGAUGCCAGCACCUCGUCCACCCAGUAGCACUCCCCAAGUGUCAGCAGACGGGAUCGCCCCGCCCUCAGUGAUCGGCUCCUCCUGGAGUUCGAUGCGAGGACUUCCCACACCCAAUAACUACCCCCUAAGGUCAUUGCAAGGGUCCUUGCAGUUCUCAGGACCCCGCUCCCCCCGACUAUCAGUGGACGGAUCUCUUCUGCUCUCGGACUCCUCCCGAGUGUCAGUGCAAGUGUCCGACCCACCCUCAGUGCUCAGCUCCCCCCGGAGUUCGCUGCCUGGACCUGCCCAGCUCUCGGACUCCUCCCGAGUGUCGCUGCAAGGGUCCGCCCCGUCCUCAGAGCUCAGCUCCCUCCCGGCUUCGCAGCAAGGAUCGGCCCAGUUCUCAGAGUCCCCCCGAGCGUCGGUGCAAGGGUCCACCCCGCCCUCAGUGCCCGGUUCUCCCCGGGAUUCGGUACAAGGACCUCUUACGCCCGGGAACAACCCCGGAGGGUCGGCACAAGGGUCCACCCAGCCCUCAGUGCCCGGCUCCCCCCGGGAUUCGGUACAAGAACCUCUUACGCCCAGGAACUCCUCCCGAGGGUCGGCACAAGGGUCCACACAGCCCUCAGUGCCAGGUGCCCCCCGAACAUCCGCGGAAGGAUCGGCUCCACCCCCGGGCUCCCCUGGAGGAGCAGUACAAGGGGCCGCUCCGCCCUCAGUGCCGGGCUCUGCCCGGGUGUCGGUGGAAGAAUCGGCUCCGCCCCCGGGCUCCCCCCGAGAGUCGGUAGAAGGGUCCGCCCCGCCCUUGGCCCGCUCCACUUCUAUACCUACGCCCCGGGAGAGUCGCAACCAGAGCAUGGCGAGUGGGGAGACGGCGAGUACCACGGGCCGCAUGUUCGACGUAGUCGUGAUAGGAGGCGGCAUCUCAGGAUUGUCUGCUGCCAAACUCUUAGCGGAACAUGACGUUAAUGUUUUGGUUUUAGAAGCACGGGACAGAGUUGGAGGAAGAACAUACACCGUGAGGAAUGAACAUGUCGAUUACGUAGAUGUUGGUGGGGCUUAUGUGGGGCCAACCCAGAACAGAAUCUUACGGUUAUCUAAGGAGCUGGGUCUAGAGACUUACAAAGUGAACGUAAAUGAGCGUCUUGUUCAAUAUGUCAAGGGGAGAACUUAUCCAUUUCGGGGGGCCUUUCCGCCGGUAUGGAAUCCCAUUGCCUAUUUGGAUUACAACAAUUUGUGGCGGACAAUGGAUAACAUGGGGAAGGAGAUUCCAGCGGAUGCACCGUGGGAGGCCCCACAUGCUGAGGAAUGGGACAAGAUGACCAUGAAAGAUCUCAUCGAUAAAAUCUGCUGGACGAAGACGGCUAGGCAGUUUGCAUCACUCUUUGUGAACAUCAACGUGACCUCUGAGCCCCACGAGGUGUCUGCGCUGUGGUUUUUGUGGUACGUGAAGCAGUGCGGAGGCACCACUCGGAUAUUCUCGGUCACCAACGGGGGCCAGGAACGAAAAUUUGUGGGUGGAUCGGGUCAAGUGAGUGAACGGAUAAUGGACCGCCUCGGGGACAGAGUGAAGCUGAAGUGCCCCGUCACCUAUGUGGACCAGUCAGGUGACAACAUCAUCAUCGAGACGUUGAAUCAUGAAAUUUAUGAGUGCAGAUACGUAAUUAGUGCCAUCCCGCCAACUUUGACUGCCAAGAUCCACUUCCGACCAGAGCUUCCAUCAGAAAGAAAUCAGUUAAUCCAGCGUCUUCCGAUGGGGGCUAUCAUUAAGUGCAUGAUGUAUUACAAGGAGGCCUUUUGGAAGAAGAAGGAUUACUGUGGCUGUAUGAUCAUUGAAGAUGAGGAAGCUCCAAUUUCAAUAACCCUGGACGACACCAAGCCAGAUGGAUCGCUGCCCGCUAUCAUGGGCUUCAUACUUGCCCGAAAAGCUGACCGACUUGCCAAGCUCCAUAAGGAAAUAAGGAAGAAGAAGAUCUGUGAGCUCUAUGCCAAAGUGCUAGGAUCCCAAGAAGCUUUACAACCGGUGCAUUACGAAGAGAAGAACUGGUGCGAGGAGCAGUACUCCGGGGGCUGCUAUACCGCCUACUUCCCCCCUGGGAUCAUGACACAGUAUGGAAGCGUCAUUCGCCAGCCGGUUGACAGGAUUUACUUUGCUGGCACGGAGACAGCCACACACUGGAGCGGUUACAUGGAAGGGGCAGUAGAGGCCGGAGAACGGGCAGCUAGAGAGAUCUUGAAUGCUCUGGGGAAGGUGGCCAAGAAAGACAUAACAGUUCAAGAACCUGAAUCAAAGGAUGUUCCAGCUAUGGAGAUCACCCACACCUUUUGGGAGAGGAACCUGCCUUCCGUGGCAGGCCUGCUGAAGAUCAUUGGAUUCUCCACAUCAGUCACUGCCCUGUGGAUUGCAGUGUACAAAUUCAGGCUGCUGACACGAUCCUGAGGUUUCAGCCUCAUGCUUUCUGCCUAUUCUUUCCCAGCACCAUCAAAAGCAAAAUGUUGGCAAAGGCUGUAUCAUUGGAUCAUCUUUAAAUGCACUGGUUUUCACCCAUAAGUUUAGUCUCAGUUGGUGUCAGAGUAAAAACAACCCAAAGAAUCACCUCAUUAAUUUCAAUAAGAUCAAGCUCCAUCGCGUUAUUUGCCUUGUGUAGACUAACUUGUGCUGACUGGUAGAAUAAAACCUUGUGAUCAACUCCUUAAUUUCAAGAUGUCUAAUUGAAGUGCUGGUCAGAAACAAUUUCUGUGUCCUGUUUUGCUCCUCUUUAACACGAAAUGCCUGAUGACUGCAGAAAUGAAGUGGUUCCCUUUCUCUUUGUAGAGGUUAGAUGGGUGACGGCCCAGCCUGUGACUGUCCUUUUCAGUCCUUAGGAAAUAGUGAAGUGUAGGUCCAGAGCCCAGAGGCUGGCAGCUUCCUGGGGGUCAGCAGCUCCCCCUUUGGAUGAGGGAUAGUAAAUGAAAGCAAUGGGGGUGUAGACCACUGAGGGACAGCUUAUGGGCCGUCCUGGCCACUUCUACUUCCUGUGAAGUUUCUAGAAAUCUAGUCUGGUGUUUCAGGUGACUUGUGUAUAGCUCCCCACAGGAGCAGAGUAAACUAGUGGCAGGACUGUCCCCCAGGAGGCCUCCUGAUGAGCUCCGCACGAGACCCACUGCAAUAGGCAUUUUCUCUUCCUCCUGGAGGGUGGCUAGACAUCACGAUAACCUUCUCUGCCGAUUUCGAGAAAGUAUUUUCCUUUUUUCAGGUAGACCCUGGCUGUCUGAAGGCCUUAGUGGUAUACACUUUUUUUCUUUUUUCCUAGGACCACAGUGGAAUUAGGCAGAUCUGUUAACCUAAAUGACAGAGUUACCUUUGAGUAAAUAUUAGCAUGCUGAUCUCUCUCAAAUAGGAACUGAAAUACACAUGGUAAAUUUCUGAUUGCUAUUUGUUGAGACUCUCAAAUAGAGAAAGGAAAUUGGGGCUUUAUAUUAUAACCUCACUGGCCUUAGUUAUUCAGUUUGUAACAGACAUGAAAUUGAGUGAUUUUAAUAUGAAGACUGAGUUCUCCAUUUUAGGAGUAAUGUGGGCCCAGAACAGUGCCCACCUCUUUCUGGCCUUUCCCAUUCUAAAAACUCAAGAUUUUUUUUUUUAAACCCCUUCCAGAGGUUUCAGCCAUGAAAGACUACUGUUUUACAUGUAAGCACCUGGGGAAAAAAAUCAACACCAAUGUGAUCAAAUAAAGCAGUUGACAAGAUUCAGUAGACUUGGGUACACAGGUGGAUACACAGUAACACCUUAUCCCACAUCACUGAUGAAUGAAGCAUUUCUUUUUUUUUUAAGAUUUUAUUUUACUUUUGACAGAGAGAGAGAGAGAGUGUACAAGCAGGGGAAGAAGCAGGCAGAGGGAGAGGGAGAAGCCGGCUUCCCGCUGAGCAGGGAGCCCGAUGCGGGGCUCGAUCCCAGUCACGACCUGAGCCGAAGGCAGACGCUCAACGACUGAGCCACCCAGGCGCCCCGAGGCAUUUCAUUUUAGAUGAAGUUUCUAGAUACCUGAAGUUUACUCUUUUAUGUACCAAAAAUUUUACAUAAAAAUUUUGAUGGGCAUACUUCCACACAUUAUUCAACAAGCUUCGUUCAAAUUCACCUUUUUUAAUUAAUCAGGUCAAUCCUUAUGUGUCUCAAUCAUUUUAUACUUUUAUAAGAGAGUGAUAACAUUGUGUUUGCCCCUCUACUGAAUGUCACGUGAUUGUCUCAGAGCUGGUGAGUCUACUGCUUCUUCCCCCCCUACUGCUUCUCCCAUAUUCAGGAUUUUCAUACCCUUCUUAACUCCUAAUACCUCUUAACCUAAUCCCCUAUGUUCCUACUCACUGGGAAUUAAAGAUUGCCAGAGGAAAUCAAUUCAAGUUACAUAAUUAACCUUAUAAAUUCACAAGUCACUGGACCCUGAUAAUGAGGGCUUAAGGUAUUCCAGUUUUGCCUAUCCUAAGAGCAAAGAGCAGGAUUUUUCUGCCACUCUUUACUUUGUAAUUGAAAAGCAUUUUAGCUAACGUAGGAGUUUGGGUACUGUCUUGGAUAUGCUCCAGUCCAUAAGGAGUUGCCACAUAUUAUAUCAAACUGCUCAGAGAAAUCACAUCCCUAUUUCAGUUGUUUGUUCACUUACUGAUUAACUUGGUUCUGACACACCUUUUGGGAAACGCUGACUUCAGCUACUUAACAGGCAACAGUUUUACAGUAAGGAGGUUGUUAACAUAUCUAAGUCUUUAAUGCUGCAGGACUCCUGAGUAUGUGAUUUACCCUCUUUUCAAACUUUUUAGAAAACCAAUUAAUUUACCCUAGUGAGAUCAGCCCUGUUAAACUAUAGAUUAAACUAUAUACUGAACUUAAAAAUGAAUGCUAUUCCAGGUGUGCCGAGAUAGGAAAUCAGAGCUGAGAACUCCCACCAUUUUAUUUGUCCACCACCAAGAUCCUAGAGGUCUUUCUUCCCAUCCCAAGGAACCAAAGGCAGUUUCAACAGCUGAUAGAGCCUGGCAUCCGCUUCACAGUCCUGAAGGCUGUGUUGGCCUCACUCCACAGUAAGGGCGAGAAUUAGACUUAACAAGGUAACCUUUUGGUCACAACUGUUAAAUAAGGACUUGAACUGCACGGAAGAGAAAAUACCGAAGGACUGUGAACUACGUUUAGUUUGAUUGUGAACUUGGUGCCUAAUGUUCUGUCUGAAAUGUGCCCCAGUGCUCCAUGUGGGAGUUCGCCUGUGUGUGUUGCCACUGAAGUAACGAUUUUGCGCGUCCGGUACUGUUUUGUUUGUUAAUAAAGUGCACUACCAUCCCUGA